AUUGACGAUUAUGAACGCAACGGCAGCUGCGACGACCGGGACGUCGGCGGCGAUCAUCUCGAACGGCCUCCUCAUCUAUGGCCCGAUGCUCCUCCUCGGCUUUGCGCUCUUUGAGUGUGUGCGCUGCCGGUCGCUGUACGAGGUAGCGCCCAAGUCGCCACUGCCGUCCGGCCUCUUUCGCUGGAUCCCGUUCGUGCUGCGACUGACGGACGACGAGCUCAUGGACAAGUGCGGCCUCGAGACGCUCAUGUUCCUGCGCUUCGUCCGCGUCGGGAAGAAGCUCGCGCUCAUGGGCGUCUUUCUCUCCAUCGCGCUCUUCCCGGCGUACUACAGCGAGCCGCAGCCGCAUGCGCACUGGAUCGACCGGCUCACGAUCGGCGGCCUCACGGACGGCGACAAGCGGUUGUGGGCGACCGUGCUCGCAGCCUUUGGCAUCACGCUCACGACCAUGUACCUCAUCUACGAAGAGAGCGUCGCGUACAAGGAGCGUCGGCACGAGUUCCUCUCCAAGCUCGACACGCAGCAGUACAGCGUGCUCAUCGACGACCUUCCGCUGCACUUGCGGUCGCAUGCGGCGCUGACAAAGUACCUCGACACGAUCUUCCCGCACCAAGUCGCAGCUGUCUACAUUGCGGUCGAGUCCGGUGAGCUCGAGGCGCACGUCGCCGAGCGCAUUGAGGUGCGCGCGAGCCUCGAGCACGCGCUCGUCCAAGAGUCGCAGAGCGGUCGUCGCCCGACGCACUACCAGUACGACCCGCACUCGAUGUGGUACCAUACGCAAGUCGACUCGAUUGCGUGGUAUAACGAGCGGCUCCACGAGCUCAAUGACGACAUUCGCAUCACGAUUGCAGCCAUUGAGGCGCAGCAAAAGAACGGCAGCGUCCAGUUCAACGCCAAGCAAGCGCAGCUCCUCGCGACAAGAGCGCAUUUCGAAGCACAGCCACUCGAGUCGACGCCGCUUUUACCCAAGCAAGCCGUCCAGCAGCAGCGCCAGCAAGUCGCGUUCGACCUCCACGUCGCCGUCGACGAGGCAGCCCACUUUGAGCAUGCGUCGAAUGCCCUUCGGUCCGCCGCGUUUGUGGCGUUCUCAUCGCUGCAAGCGACCAACACGAUCCAACAGAUCGUGCAGACCGCGCGACCGUCCGAGAUGAAGGUGCAGGAAGCGCCGCCCGCCGAGGACAUUGUGUGGGAGAACGUCGGUCGGCUCAACUACGUCGAGCGCAAGACGGCGUUGCUGCUUAGCAUUGGCAUCACGGGUCUUGCCAUUCUGUUUUGGACCGUCCCGACCACGUUUGUCGUCGCGCUGGCGUCGCUGCAGUCGCUGCGGCAAGUGAUCCCGAACCUCGACUCGGCGCUGGUUCAAUUCCCGUUUCUGCAGCCCCUGUUGCAACAGCUCUCGCCGCUCUUGCUUGUCGUGAUGAACAGCUUGGCGCCGAUGCUGUUCCGCGUCCUCUCGGUCGGCGAAGGCCAUGCGUCUCAGAACGCUAUCGAAGCGUCGCUCUUUACGAAAUACGUCGCGUACCAGCUUGUCCAAGUGUUCUUUGUCUCGGCGAUCGCCGGUUCGAUUUCCGCCAUUUCCGACCAGCUCGCACGUAUCGCCAAGGAGCCGUUGGAGCUCGUGACGCUCCUCGGGUCGAGUCUGCCCGGGCAGUCGACGUUCUUUUUUAGCUUUAUCCUCGUGCAAACGGGCUUGACGCUGCACGUGCACCUCUUCCGCCUCGUGGCCAUCAUCAUGGGCUGCGUCUACCGCCUCUUGGCGCCGCAGCUCACGCCCCGCGAGACGAAUGCGCCGUGGUACGGGCUCUCGCCCAUGACGCUCUCGAGCAAGUUUGACAUUACGAUCCCGCUGGCGCAGCACUUUCUCAUUUUCCUCAUCGUCUUGACCUUUGCGCCGCUCGCGCCGCUGCUGGCGUACAUGGGCGGUGUCUUCUUUCUCGUCUCGGACAUUGUGUUUCGCCGGCUCGCGUGGUGCGUCUUCCAGCCGAGCACGCGCUCGACCGGCGUCUACUGGCCGCAGCUCUACUUGUACCUGAUCACAGCGCUCGGGAUCGCGCAAAUUACGCUCCUCGGCCUGCUCACGUUGAAAGAGGCGCCAAGCCAAGUGCUCGCGGCGCUGCUGCUGCCGGCGAUGACGGCGCUGUUCCAUGGCUACAUGCUCACGCUCUUCCCGCCCGUCUCGGCGUACCUCCCGAUCGAGAUGUGCGUCGCCCUCGACGACCACCGGGCGCGCCUCGGCCACCGCCCGCCGAUCGACGCCGACUUGUACAAGCAGCCUGCGAUGCUGGCGGCCACACCGCUCGCGCCCGAGGUCUAGUCACUCGCCAUGCGAAUCGAGCUGCCACGUACAGGCGGUAGGGCAAACUCGAGCAAAUGCAACCUCACGUGUUAUUGCUGGUCCACGGUCGUAUCAG